CAACAAUCAUUGGUCCUUACCUUUCUUCAACUGCUCAGCCUUUUAAGUCCACAUUCUUCUACUCUGCUCUGUCCCAAAAUGGCAGAGACACUUCGUUUAUCCCAAUUAACACACCUGCAACAGAAUCAGAAGCUUUUCAUCUCUUCUCCUAACACCUUCCUAUACUAACUCAAAACCCCAUUUCUUCUUCUUCACUUGCACAUUCAAUGGCUUCAACCACACCCAAACAAUCUUCAGCCAAACAGCUUGGAGAGCUUCUCCAAGAGCAACAAGAGCCUUUUAUAUUAGAAAUCUACCUCCUUGAGAAAGGGUAUAUGAAAAACAAGUUGAAUUUGCAGAGCGGUUUUCGCAAUUCAAACAGCAGAUUCUUGAACAAGCUUACUACCCGGGGUUCGAAUAUGAGAAGAAAAGUUGUUCCAACUUGUCCUAAAAUUGUAAGAGCUGUAUUAAAAAAGCUUGUAUCAAUUAUUAACAAACAGACAAUGAAGAAUUCUGUGGAUGGAGAUGGAGAAUCUAGUGCUGAACAAGAAAAACCAGAAUCAGAUGGGCUUUCCUCCGCAAGCCUUCAAACUUGGCGAUCUCCUAUAUCACUCUCGGAUCAAGAAUUAAACAUUAAUUCGUUCUUCGAGAGUAAUAUAGAAGACGGGUUGAAUUCUUUACCGAGAGAUAGUGUGUCAGUCACUGCAGACACUUGCCGAUCCUUCAAACUUGGUGAUGUUUUGCAAGAAAAAGAGGUUUUUACAGAUGGAAAGCUUCAAUGGGGAUGUGGAGAAGACAAAAAGCAACUCAGUCCUGUGUCAGUACUAGAAGAAAUACAUUACAAUGAAGGCUCACUACUUCACAGCAAGGGACAAAGAAAUGCCAACAAAUACUCCAUAAUUGCAGUUCCCUUCAGUAAUUUCAUCACCUGGUUUAAUGAGCCAAGUUUUGAAGCCGAAAGGGUUUUGCAGGAACCAAAACAGCUUCUCUCAGAGUCCACGGAUGUGAGGACAUGGAGUAACACAACCCAACUGAUGAAUUUGGAUUUUACAGCUUCAGUAGCAGAAUGGAGUGAUUUUGAGCCGCGGAUUAGGGAAAUCGGUGCGGAGAUUGGAGAUGCCAUUUUAAAUGAUAUCAGCAAGGAGAUUGUUGCAGACAUGAUGGAACUUGUGGCACCUCAUUUAUGUCAACCUACUUAAAAAAGAUUUCCUACCCAUCGGCUUUUUACCCCUUGCAGAGACAUUGCCCUCACCAACAGUUGGAUUGUUACCAACACUUGGUGUCAUCUUUAAGAGAAAUGCAAUUAUCCAUAGGGGAAUUGGGGGCUAAAUCAAGGGAAAAUGGUGUAUGUAUCCUUGACUUCACCGUAUUCAUAAGAGUUACAUCUUGCCACCUGAUAUUUUUUUGCAAGAUUGACCAGCAAUGUUCAAAAGCAAAAUGUUUCUUUUCAUCUUGAUGGUAUAAAAGUUUUGCUUGAAGCAUCUGUAUCAA